UCACGCCUCCCACGCCCGCCUACGACAGAGUCCCGCGCGCACCCCGGGAGGAACCCGCGCGCACACCAGGCCCCGGUUGUUCCACGGCCCGCGCGGAGGCGGUCUGCGGGCCUCGCAGGCGCUGGGGUCCUGGGGUCUGCGGGCGGGGAGCCGGGAUGCCAGAGGGGCCGUCUGUGAGGAAGUUUCACCAUCUGGUCUCCCCUUUUGUGGGGCAGCAGGUGGUCAAGACAGGGGGCAGCAGUAAGAAGAUGAACCCUGCCGGCUUCCAGUCCCUGUGGCUGCAGGACACCCAGGUCCAUGGAAAGAAAUUAUUCCUUAGAUUUGAUCCGGAUGAAGAAAUCGUGUCCCCUGGCAACAACCCACUGUCAGAGCCUCUACAAAAAGAGUGGAAGGAAGAGGCCGGGCACCACCAGGAAGUCUCUGACCAGUCCUCCCUGUCCCCAGGAGGAGACGAUGCUGUCCCCAGUGGAGAUGAUGGUCUGCAGUGUUUGUGGGGAGACACCCCUGCAGGAGGUGCUGAGAGGUGGCUGCAGGUCAGCUUUGGUUUGUUUGGCAGCGUUUGGGUGAACGAGUUCUCCAGAGCGAAGAGAGCAAACAAGAGGGGUGACUGGAGGGACCCUGUUCCAAGGCUGGUCCUGCACUUCGGCGGGGGUGGCUUCUUGGCCUUCUAUAACUGUCAGAUGGUGUGGAGCUCCUCUUCCCCGGUGGUCAGACCCACCUCUGACAUCUUGUCGGAAAAGUUCCAUCGAGGACAGGCCCUGGAAGCUCUGGGCCGGGAGCAGCCCGUCUGCUAUACGCUGUUGGACCAGAGAUACUUCUCAGGCUUAGGGAACAUCAUUAAGAACGAGGCCCUGUUCAGAGCUGGGAUCCACCCGCUUUCUCCCGGCUCGCUCCUGGGUCUUCCACGCCUCGAGGCCCUGGUGGACCAUGUGGUGGCCUUCAGUGCAGGCUGGCUGCGGGGCAAGUUCCAGGGCAGACAGCAGCACACGCAGAUCUACCAGAAGGAGUGGUGCCCCGCCGGGCACCGGGUUGUGAAGGAGGCACUGGGGCCUCCAGGGGGCUUCCGGAGGCUCACGUGGUGGUGCCCCCGGUGCCAGCCCAGGCUGUCGCUGGACGAGCCGGAGCAGGUGCAGCCCUCGUAGGGCGCCCGGGCCCCUCUACACAGAGCCUUGCCCUUGAGGGACCAUGCUGCCUGAGUGUCACCGAAGGGGUUGCGGGCAGGCUUUGGGGCUGGGGACAGGAAUUGGGGGGUGGGGUCAGCAUGCCAGUACCGUUGGUGUCCAUCUCACCGGAGUUUAGGCUGAGGCAGUUUCCACAGGGUCCGAUUUUGUUCUUUUCUAGUUUUGGUUAAUUCUUCCUAUCUGAUUCCACCACUGUUGACAGAUGAGGCAAAUUGUGGUGGCAGUUAAGGGGAAACCUCCCAGAAUUACAGUGGGGCAGUGAAAACGAGAGCCAGUGGAAGAGAGCUGUGCCAGCAUUGCUUUGCAGGUGUUUGGUUUGGUUUGGUUUUGGUUUUGAAACGUUGGCUGUUGUUAAGACCCUCCAUUUGAGAACCAGGAAAAGGGAAUUAUCCUUCUUGGUUCCCCAAGAGGGAUCCAGGGAUGAGGAGGGAGUAACAGGAGAGUGUUGCUCGGAUUCAGCCUCCUGCCUGGACCCUUCCCAUGGGACGGAGAUGCCAGGAGAAGGAGGGGAAACGGGGGGACCAGGGAGCUGGACACCUUCCUGGUGUGUCCAUGGGCUUUAGAAAAAAGCGACUUGUUUCCUCCCCAAGGUGAUGUGUUUGUGACAGUUGACAUGCUCAACAGUGCCGAAAUCCAGGUUGUUAGCGAAACCUAGAAGAAACCAGGACAUGAAAAUAAAGCUCUUUGUUACUUUGUGUUGUCAUCUUUAUUUGGCAGUAAAGGUUCUUUCACUGUGCAUAACUGAGCUCUUUGUGAAGGUGCCGUUUAGGACUUGUUGGGUUGGUCGGAUGGAUCCAUUUAAAAAGAGCAGGGCGGGGAGAAGGGUGAACAUGCGCCCUUACACUUGUCUGUCUUAAGUCACUGGUUGUUGUCCACGGCGGGGAAAGCCACCUUAUGGCAGGCAUUAGCUCAGGGCCAAGAUGGUACCCAGACAGGCCGUUUCCCGUAAGUCAGCCUCUGUCGGGGUCUGGAGUACAAGACGGGGGUGGGCUGGACAGGCAUCACAGCCUGCGUGCGGGUGGACACCCACUGCGAUUGGUAGAAAAGGGUGGAAAUGCUGUUGCAGUUGCUGAGAAAAGCAGCGACAGGACUAGAAACAGCCGUGGGUGUGGAAAGAAGAGACGGGAGGGUCACCAUGGUGAUGGGCUGUACGCCUCAGCUGGCUGGAUGUGAAAACGAGGGAGGGAGGGGGCUGAGAGCUGGAGGAAGCUGCCCCCGCCUCGCCAUUGAGACAGAGAGUCACGGGAGCUGAGCAGGUUCCGUGAGGAGACAGUCAGACCCUGUGUGCUGAGCUUGAGGCACCUGCACCUAAGUGGGGGCACAACACAGCCAGGAAAUGGGCCUGGCUCCCCGCAAGUGCAAGCUUGCAGUUAUGGAUUUGGGAGCUUUCCUCAGAGCUGAGGGUCGGUUUGAGAAGGUUAACAAGGCGAUCAUGUGGCAUGAGAAGGAUGGGGAGGUCACAGGAACCUUUAGAAGGUCUUUUGUUCAAGGGGCAAGAGAAGGCAAGCCAAUGGAAGUUCAGGUAAAACAGGAGGAAGGAACUUCGGGGACAGCUAGUGGUGCACAUGUCGGAGAAGAGGACUUCGAGCUUGACGGUCGGUCGAAUUUGAGGUCAUGACCUUCAAGAGCCAUUUGUGCGGAGUGGCAGCCGGUCUGCAGGGGCUGAGGGCUGGGUGGGAGCCCAGGGGGCAGUGAGUGUGGUCUGCUCUUCAAGAAGGUUGUCCUUGAGGGACUUUGCUGGUGGUCCAGUGGUUAAAACUACGAGCUCCCAAUGCAGGGGGCCCAGGUUCAAUCCCUGGUCAGGGAACUAGAUCCCACAUGCAUGCUGCAGCUGAGAGCCCACAUGCCGCAACUUAAAAAGAAAAAAGAUCCAGCGUGCCUCAACUAAGACCUGGUGCAGCCAAAUAAAUAAAUAAAUAUUUUUUUUAAAAAAGGUUGUCCUUGGGGCUUCCCUGGUGGCGCAGUGGUUGAGAGACCACCUGCCGAUGCAGGGAACGCGGGUUUGUGCCCCGGUCUGGGAAGAUCCCACAUGCCGCGGAGCGGCUGGGCCCGUGAGCCAUGACCACUGAGCCUGCGUGUCCAGAGCCUGUGCACCGCAAUGGGAGAGGCCACAACAGUGAGAGGCCCGCGUACAAAAAAAAAAAAAAAAAAAAGGUUGUCCUUGAAAGAAAUGAGAAAGGGGAUCAGGGAGGGAGGGUGAUGAAAGAAUGGAUGUGAUGUGAGGAUUCGUGUGUGAUCAGGUGAGGGGAAAACCAGGAGGGAGAGAGACACCAGCGCCAGCACUUAGAGAUGCCUGGGCUCUGGUGGGGAAAGAAAAGUAGACCCGGAGAAAACCAGCUGGCACAGAGUAGGAGUGGGGAGGUUUGUAACAGCUACAAGGGGAAGUUAGAGCUGCUUAGGGCUCAAGGGAAGGUUAUAGAGCCACACUGGAGACCAGAGUGGUCGCUCCAUUUCCCAACUUCGUCCAGCAGUCUCCAGUAGCUUAGGGUCAAAAACAAAGAGGAAUGCUGGAUGAACCCACAGUUGAAGGUCGUCAGGGUAUGAACGGUAGAAGGCCAAGAGGGCAAAGGAGAAUCCUUAUUUUAUUAAGUUGUUUAAAAUUAUUUUAAAAAAUACAUCAAAAGAUUCAAGCCAUAAAAAAGAUUAUAGAGCAAGACAUGGAAGAAUAAUCCUCAGUCUACUCUGUCCUCUUGGGAGCUGACUUAAUCAUUUCUCUGACUUCAGUCUGUAUUGGGGAAAAUAGUAGCACCUAGCAGUUGAGUUGUAAAGGCUGAUGGCCGCACCAUGAGUUCUGCAUCGGAACUGCAUAGACUGGGUUCCGCAUGGAAGCAGCGGGGAAGCGGAAACGUGGCCUGCUAGCAGAAGGCACAGCUACUGCAGUGCUCUGCGAGGUUAUCAUUCAUCCUGGCAGGAGGCUCUCUCGGCGGAAAGUCUCAAGUUAGUUCUGCAAAGGGGAAAGGCAGGGAUAGCAGAGAUGGACUGAAUGAGGGUUAAGAGAAGAGGAUGGUGGUACAGAACCUACAGGGCUGGCGAGGUGGACGUAAGUGGGAAUGACUCCUGUGGCCUGCAUGCCUGUUGGACGUAAGGAAAGGCUGCAGCUGAGGGAUGGGGUACAGAGUCAGCGAGUCCAGGUUUCACUUAGAAGAGAGAGAGGUGAGGCAUUUGGACUCAGCAGAUUCCAGGGUAAAGAGUUACUUAUGAGUUGGAGUUUCAUGAUAACUGACGUUGUAAAAAACGUGUAAUUUUGUGUGAGGUUUCAGUGGCCUUAGCCAUCUAAUAAAUAUUUUUUAAAUGCCUCCUAAAUGCUAGUUCUGGGAAUACAAUGAUAAACAAGACAAGAAAACUUAUGUACUAGUAGGAGGAGGCCGGCUUGUUACAACAGUGUUAGAAGCAUUUUAGUAGGUUAUUGUAAAGUGCUUUUUUUCAGGGGGGGGCGGGGGGUUGGAUAAGUGACUGCCUGUCUGUGUUCUAAAAGUUCCAGUACAGUCCUCAUUUCAAGCCCUGAUAUUUAAUAAGAAGUAAUGGAGAUUUCUUAAGUGGCAAGUACUGUGCCAGCUGCCCUGUUUAGACAUGGUCCAUGACCUUGAGGGGUUCAAGGUGAGGUGAAGAGUCAGACAAGGGAUAAUUAGCAUACAGAAAGUUCAGGAUGAGAGUGACCACUGAACAUCAUUGAAGUACUGAGGUUUGUGGAAAUAAAGACCACCAAAAUAAUAAGCAAGCGAGGCCCUUUAUUCAGAGCUUGCUAUAGCAAGGGCAUCAGGCCCCAUCACUUGCAUGUGGCAGAAACUCAGAGGCAGGCGGGGAAUGGGAAAACUUUAUCGUCAAAAAAAAAAAAAAAAAAAUGGGGCUUCCCUGGUGGCGCAGUGGUUGAGAGUCUGCCUGCCGAUGCAGGGGAUGCGGGUUCGUGCCCCGGUCCGGGAGAGUCCCACGUGCCGCGGAGUGGCUGGGCCCGUGAGCCAUGGCCGCUGAGCCUGUGCGUCUGGAGCCUGUGUUCCGCAACGGGAGAGGCCACAGCAGUGAGAGGCCCGUGUACUGCAAAAAAAAAAAAAAAAAAAAAGAACUCAUCUUUGUGCUCUGAUGGGAGGAGGUUGUCAAGGGGAUGCUGGAAACAGACUAACUCGAAGUGGGCUGUCUUACGUGAUUGGUUUGGGGAGCAUAUUUGGCUUUCUGUGAUUGGUCCUGAGUUGGAAGUGGAGGCAAAGAAUACAGAAGUAAUUGAUCAAGUCCUGACCAUUCCAGGCCAGUUGGUGCAGAGGCUGUGGGACAGAACUGUGAUACUGUAUAUGGUCUGGUCACUGUCCGUUUGUCCAUUCCCACAGUCUCUGGCUGGGCACCUGGACCUGACUCCGGAGCUGGAGGAGGCUCCAGCUGUGCCUAGUAAACAGCAGCACCGCGCCAGAUGCUUCUGUCUCUCCCUCUUUGGGAUGGGACCUCAUCUACUUUGUCUCUGUUAUUUCCAGUGUCUGCCACGUUGUCGGUGCUCAAUGGGUGUUUGUUAAAUCUGAAGAACAGAUAAAGGAGAGGCCAGGGAGCUUCAGAAAAGGGUUCCUGAAGCAGGGGAGUCCACCUGAGCUGUAAUGAAGGCGUGGCAGGUAGCUUGGUGAGAAUGGAGGAAGGGCAUUCAGGGCAGGUGAAUUACUUGAGUCCUGGGGUAUGAACUACUGUGGCCUGUGUGGGAAGUGCUGCCAGGGCUGGAUCAGGGUUUGAGAGUUGUCGAGUGACUGAUUAGGAGGCUGAAAUCCAAAGGGAAUGGAGGUGACAAAUGAUGGGAGGAUUUUUAUUCUAUGCCAGAAUUCUCAGAUUUCAUCUUGAAAGGCAUUUCCUUUGUGCAAUUUAAAAUUGAAAGAAAGGAAUGUUUUUUUACAGGGUCCUUUUAACAGUCAGGGGAGUACUAAAACUCUUAGCUUUAUGUCUUCUGGCCAAAAGCAGUAUGCAAGUAGAGAUAUAAAGUUAUAACUUGACAGAGUUUUAAAAAGGACCAAACAUCAGAUACAACGAAAAGAAAUUGUAGGUAAAUGAGUCAGUUCUCAGUGAAGCUCCCUUCAGUCUGUUUUUCUGUGUUGCCAGAGUGGACUCAUGGAACCAAAGUCUAGAAGCCCACAGGGGCUCACCUUAAGCUAAUUAAAAUCAUAAUACCUUAUAAAAUAAAAUUGAAAGAUUGAGAUUACUUGAGAUUACUCAAGCUGUUACAUGGGAAUGGAUGGAGAGAGAGAGAUGGGAAACUGACCUGUAACAGUUUGCGAGAGAAGGUGGGGCUUGAACCUCCACGGAGCAGAGAGGAGAGAUUAAGAGGAGAGAUGUUUGUUUCUUGGGUUCCAGAGAAUUGUUGAAUGACUUACAAAGGGCAGGUGUAGGGCGAGCAAGGAGGAGUUGGGGAUGACAUUUGGAUUUUAUAAUUAGGCAACUGGGAGCCUGUUAGUGCCGUUCACAGGAGAAGCAGUCUCAAUGGGAGAGAAAUUCCAGUUAGGGCAAUGUUAAGUUUGCAGUGCUGAGGGGACAUCAAAGAGUUGCACUGUUCUGGAGGCUUGGGGGUAUGUGAGCAAACAAAACAAAGGUCUGUCGUCAUUGAACUUAUAUUCUAGCAAGGAGAAACAGACACUAAACAUUGUAAGUAAACUAUGUAUUUUAUAUCAGAACGUGAUCAGUACUGAGAUAGGCUGGGACCUGAGACCCUUUACUGUAGUGCUUGCACCUGGACAAAUGAGCAACAGAAUACAAAGAAACUAUAAGGGACUAAAAAUAACUGCCUGCGUGGGCAGUUGGGGCAAAUUAUCAACAAUAAGAUACAAAAAGACCAAAACCCAACUGGCACUUCUGAGGUGCCAGGAACAAAAGCAGGUACUACAUGAUCCCUGCACACAGUACCACCAAAGGGGUGGGCAGACCACCUAAGCCACCCCUCUGGCCCCACCCACCACCCACUGAUCUGCCUCUACCUUCCCCCCAUUUAAGGGACAAGCUCUCCCCCCUUCAGAGAGUGAGCAAGGGAACCUGUUACUUGUCUUCACUCCCUGGAGUCCCAGUAACAGCCUUGUCUGAAUUCCUGAUCUGGCUUCAUCCAUUUCUAUUGACUGAAGAGUCCAAAGACCUUAGUAACAAUAGGAUGGGAAAAUCUAGAGCAGGCCGGGGCGUCAGCAGUGGUGAGGGCGGGGCAAGCUGUAGUAUAAAAUAGUGUGAUGGGGUGGGCCUAAAUGAGGUGAGGGUUCAGCAAAGACUUGAAGGAUGUGAACGAGUUAGCCAAUUGCAUAUCCGGGUGAAAAAAUAUUGCAGGAAGAAGGAAGUGUAGACAAGUCCUGGGGCCAAGGAGGGAGGGAUUGAAAAUGCAGGUGAGAUAAUGGGGAUGGAGGGCUACUCGUGCAGAACUUUUAGACCCUCGUGGGAACUUUGGCUUUUACCGAGUGAAAUGGACAGAUAUUGCAGGGGUUUUAGGCA